UGGAGAGACGUCUUGUUUGCCUCGGUCGUGGGGUAAGGCGGGGAUAAGCCGCGUUCUGCCUCGUUGUGUACAUACAUGUAGUCGGGCACCAUAUCAGUUGAUCAAGGCGACUGUUCGAGUGAUCGUACAACUGGUCGCUGAGCUGCUGUGUGCUGCUGCGAAUGACGGAAUUACCUUGCCGUUUGUUUACCUCCCUACGGUGCCUCGAUGCUGGCGGCAUUCAGGAUGAGGGAGAGCGAUGGCGCAAAGCGUUGCCUACAUACUAUCCUCGUCCGGUGGUGCUCUCUCGACUUCUGGUGGUGGGCCCCUCGCGUUCGUGCCGCCCAUCACAUCAGUCACCUACCAAAGGGCGCCUUCAGGGUAGAAAAUGUCUUGUCGUCCCGUUCAAGCCAUGGUGUUGUGCGGCAGUCUUUCGGACACUGGGCGAACAGGCUCCGUGGUUGCAAUGCCGUGGUUGCAAGGGGCCGACUCAAACGUUAUCCCAGGGUAUGACAAUGUUCUAGUAAAGGUUGUGUUGUUUGGUCGCUCACCUGUCGCAUGC